UUCCUGCCUCCAUUGCCUUCUAUUUUUUCUUCUCCUUUCAUUUUUUUUCCUCCCGUUACUAAUCAGAAAAAAAUCUGCAAAUCUAUUUUACUGAAAAUUGAUAACUAAUAUAUAUAUAACUUAUAUGAAAAAAUAACAAUAGAAUUUCGAAUUUACUUUUUCACCGUAAUUUUAGGUUUAUAAGUUAGAUCAGCAUGCGCUUGAUGAACAAACAAAUGAAUACUUCUUUUAAAAAAAGUUAAAAUGCAUGCCAAAUUCUAUCUUGUUCAUAUUUCAUCAUCUCCAAUUAUUUUAAACCGUGAUGAUCUUGUGGUUGGAUUUAAAUGCACAAAUAGCCACGAGAUUAAAUCGUUAAACAAAUAAAAGCAUAUACUAUAGUAGUAAUAUAUGUAAUAAUAUAUUAUAUACUAAGAAAAGCCGCCAUUCUCCUUGAGCAUAUACCACCCCACCUACCUAUACAUAUAUGCCAUCAAACUUCCACUUCUCCUCACACAAAAAAAAACAAUAUUCCCUUCUUUAGAUUCCCUCUAACUAAGUAAACUCAUAAAAAGAAAGAAACAUAAACAUGAGAACGAUGGUUGAUCUAGGAAAGCAAAGAGAUCAUCUUCACCACCGCAUGCAAAUUAUAAACACUCCGACCACCGUCGAUUGCGCUCGUGAAAUUCGUCUCCGACGAACUCUACGUUCAUUCAUCGAAUGCAUGCUCCCAUACUGUUGCACUUACCAACAACAACCUGCUCAUUCGUACCAAAACGACACCGUUUCGGUUUCUUCCUCAUCUUCCUCCUCAGACCACUCCUCCUCUUCCUCCAGCAUCGUAAGUGGAACUUUCUUCGGGCACAGUCGUGGCAGAGUCAGUUUCUGCCUUCAAGACGCCACCGUGGGAUCUCCGCCGCUUCUCCUCCUUGAGCUAGCGCUACCCACGGCCGCUUUAGCCAAGGAGAUGGAACAAGAAGGUGUUCUACGCAUAGCCCUCGUGUGUGACCGUCGUCGCAGCAGCAGCAGCAACAACAGUCGUUCUUCCUCGAUCUUCGAUGUUCCUGUGUGGUCCAUGUACAGCAACGGAAGGAAGAUGGGGUUUGCUGUGAGGAGAAAGGUGACAGAGAACGAUGCCGUUUUGUUGAGGAUGAUGCAGUCUGUUUCAGUGGGAGCUGGAGUUGUGCCGUUGGAUGAGGAGGAGCAGACCCUUUACUUGGGAGCGAGAUUCGAGCGAGUCACUGGGUCGAGCGACUCGGAAUCGUUUCAUAUGAUGAAUCCUCGUGGUAGUUAUGGACAGGAGCUUAGUAUAUUUCUUUUGAGAUCGUGAGAUAUUGAGUAGUGUGGUUUAAGAUUCUUGUCAGCUUUCGUGUUUCCUUUUUUAGUUCAUGUACAUCGUAUAGUAAAUUACCAAAAGGCUAAGAGCAUAAUUAUCCUAAAACCCCUUCUUGAGUCUCUUAAUACUUUUUUAAUAUUUUUGAGUAGUUAAAGUGAGAUUAAAGACAUAACUAAGAGACUCGUACAAUUAGCACUUCCAAUGCAAGUCUCUUAUUUUGGGGUUUUAAAAAAAAAACAAUGCAAGUCCAAUGCAAGAGAUGAUGACAUCAACACUGACACACAACAAGUUUGAAUUUGGAAAUGUAAAAAACACAAUCUUUUCUGUUCUCAAAACAAUGUCGCAUACAUGUGUUUAAAAGUGCAUAUCACGCAAACAAAUAUAGAGAAUACAUGAAUUGAUGCCAGCAGAGAAGCU